UCGAACGCGUGGAGAAGUUGGUUUUCUGUUGUGUCGUCAUGUCGGCUCGCGCUACGUGUAAGCUUUGGGCUUGUUUACUCUUUCAACUUGGCUGUUGAUUCCUCGGACGAUUUCAUUUCCUCUGAGAUUUUCAGCCAAGAUGGGAGUGUAAGAUAUGUGUUGUGUGAAUUGCACGCGUUUUCUUUAUCAAGGAAGCUGCAUGUUUAUUGACGGCCAGUUUAGCAGUAUUUGCAUGAAGAAUACACACGCCGCUUUGGUGGAAUUGUCGGUGUGAAAACUUUUCCUCUAAACAAUAGUUCUCUUCGCCAUGCAGAAUGGCGCUCUUUAUUGUAACCUUUGUGGAAAAUGUGAUGUUUUGGCUACCGAUCUAUGUCCUGAAAGAAAGAACCAAGCUUAUUUCCUUGUUUCGUUUUUGCAUAGGUUCAUUUAUAUCGUGAAGCUGCUGAAUUAAUGCGUAGGCAGUGACUAAAUUCAUUUCUUUCUCUUAGGACUAGCACUGUGUUGUUUUCUUUGUAGACUGGUUGUUCCUUUUUUUCUUGCUUAAACGUCGCGCUGUUGAAAGAUGCUCAUCUGGCUUGAAACUAAAAUUAUUCACCGAUCACUGCAAUGUUAACCUUUCAUUGUCUCGUGUUUCACGUUGAAUUUUUCUCCAUCGUUCAGAGUCUCCCUGUUUUUUCUCGUGACUCUGCGUUCUUCUGUUACAUCAUAUCAUUCGCAUAAAAGGACAGUUUUCAAUUGCAUUUGCUUGUCACGAGGACUAGAAAUCGUGUUACGAACGUGUUCUAUCCUGCCGGGGUCAGUCACAGCCAACCCUGAAUGUAAUCAGUUAUCGAACUCCAAUACAUACAAUACGGGUGCUAUUUUUCAAACGUGCCCAAAUAAAGUGCGUGCAGAAUUAGCGGUCUGUUUGGAUUUGCUUCUUCAGAAACGGAACGUUGGAAAAAUUUCAAGAAAAUUCGAAGUUCAAGCCUCGCCAAGUUUCUGCUGACGAAAGUGAAUUACGUCUUUGCUUGUCCGCGUCGUUGCCUCGGCGCUCGUGAGAUAACUACUAUCGGACACGCGGGAAAAACUGGUAGCGUUUCACGGUAUGUCGUUUGAGACUUUUCCUUGUGGUAGCCCAGAAGCUGAAAGCCCUGAAGAACCUGCUCCGUCGCUUUACGUUGAAAAUCCCGACGAGGAACACGAAAGACUGCUUAUCAAAAAGCCGGUGAGCGCAGAACCGUCCAGGCUCGCCGAAACGGCAAAUAUUGAAGAUCAGAUGAUGAGCGAAGAUGAAAUCGCUCAAGUAAAUGCUAGUGGCGAUGCGUUGAAGCUAAAGAACCAAGAAACAGAGACGUCUGGCCAGACUAAAAAGAACACCGAUGAGUCUGAACGGCGCAUUGUGGAAGGCAGUAAAGUUUACGAGAGCUGGAUUCAGUUAAAUCAGUUAAAUUACGGAAAUCCGGCGCCUGGCCAAACGCAUUCCGCAAUUGCGAUCGAUCGCAAACAACAAGGCGAAUUAAGCUUAUCUAGUAGAAUUCUAGAUGCGGAUCGCGCCAGCGUCAUCAUUAAAAGAACGAGUAAAGGGCAAGAGGAGGUCGAAUCGGACUCCGACAAUGAGUCACAAGAUACAACAAGAAAGAUCAGUGCGAGCGAGCUUCGUUGUGACGAGAAUAUUUCUGGUGUGGAUGCGAACGAUGACAAACUGAACUCACUCUCGCAUUCGUCGCGUGCACUUUAUUAUAAUUAUAAUGCACACCACGAGGAUGUCAACAAACUCGAAGACAAAGGGAAUGCUAAAUUGCAGAACAUUCGUGGUGAGUUUAUCCGAGGUGCACAUGGUGAAACGAAGGCUGUUCCGAUUUAUUAUAUGCCUGCUGGCACGUAUCCACACAUGGUCGCCGCUAUGGCUGGAGGAAAUGCUAUCGGCAACACAAACGGGCUUCAAAGAGAGCAGCACUUUGUGCAUGCAGGCACAAGUGAGGUGAAGCGAUUUCCCGGUCAGCGCAUGGAUUACGUUUCAGGUAGACCAGAACAACAAGUCCCUGUGGCUACAAGCACCGUGAACACUAAUGAGGGGAAUGUGUUUGGUAACUUGCAGCAUGGCGCUACUGGACUGCAAUAUGUGGACAGGCGUCUUGUGCAUGCAGGAGGCUAUGCUGUGGUGCCUGGUAUUGGACCCGUCAGAGUUAUCGAUGGGAUGUAUUACCAGGGGCUUCCCAUGGGGGGUGAUCAGAACCGGUACGAGAAUUUUGGAUCAGUGCCUUCAUUUGUACCCAUGGGCAAUAUCCAGGCUGACACAACAGCCUCUCAACCGCAAGCUCAGCUGACUGUUUCAUCAGCUUCCAAUACAGAUCCAGUAAACCAGCGAGGUCAAGAAAAGCUGCUAAAUAGUACCAAGCCUUACACAAGCCCUGUUCAUCCUGAAGUUUCACCAGCAUCCAGCUUGGAGGAGAGAAGAUCGACAAAUUCUCCAGCUAUAAAAAGCGACAGCAGUAGCCCGGCUCCCCCAGCUGGAGAAGACCCUGAAAACAAAAAACACACUCAAGCUAAAGUGAAGGGCAAGCCAAAGCCAACCACCGGGACUGCAAAACCAGAAAUAAAGUGCGAGCAAUGUGGGAAAACAUUUGGUUCCUCUAGCGCUCUUGCAAAACACAAACUUACUCACAGUGAUGAGAGACGAUAUGUUUGCUCAACCUGCGGGAAAGGAUUCAAAAGACAGGAUCAUUUAAAUGGACACAUGGUUACACAUCGUGACAAAAAGCCAUUUGAGUGCAGCUACAGCGAUUGCGACAAGAGCUAUUGUGACAUGCGCUCAUUGCGGCGACACCUUGAGAACCACCAUACUGCUAAUGUGAAUGGCGUCAGUGAUUCUAGAACACCUGGUUCAGGAAGUCCCAGCUUGAAUUGCAGUGAAAAGCUACCAGCAGGUUGUAACAGUGUAGUUAGUAAUGAGCGAGUGGACUCACCCAGAAAUUUAUCAAAACUGGCCAAGGGUAGACCACUGAAGGACAAGACGGAUCACCUCCUAGUCAGUGGUUAUGAUAGCGGUAGGAGCUCAGGUAGAUCAACACCUGGAAGCACCCAUGAGCCUAGUGCCCCCCGUGAAAGGCCCAGUGAUUUGCCUCUGGAAGGAGCAACAUUAAAUUUGUUACGAGAACGAAACAGUGACAGCUUUAGCUCAACUACUUCGGAGGAUGGAGUUGGUCACUCUGCAGAACAGAGCGUACCAGAGAAAGUAACUGAUGCGUCUACACCUCAGUCGGCAGUUGACUUAUUAAAGCAGGCUGCCGAUCGUGUCAAAGUGCAGCAGACCUCACGCAGUGCUAACGAAAUGUGGCAAGAAAGGUUCCAGCAACAACCCUAUAUGGUGUAUCACCCAGAUGGAAAUUCUUAUCAACAAUGGUACCCCACGGCAGUAUAUGCCCAAGAUCCACGCUUUGUCUACCAGUAUCACUCCAUGUUUCCACCAGCUGUCUAUCAGGUACCUGUUAAUCCUGUCAGUGGUUUAGUUCCUGACUCACGUCAAAGGAUGAUGAGUGACUCGGAGACACCCACUGAGAUGACAAAGACAGUUGGAGUGUCAACCCAGGCAACGCCAUCACCCUCCCAAGAGUACCGUGCACCCGACACUAUGCAGGCUGCAUACUUCAGGCAACAGCAAGGUGGAAGAAUUGCAGGGACCCCUACUGAUCCUACUGCUGUUGCUGUGGCAACUGCUAAAGAAAUAGGACAUUACCGAUAUGCUGGGGAGAGUUGCUAUGGGGUGCAUCCUUCAGGGACCCAAUGGCAGCCAGUUCGGUAUGAUGAAACAACUAAGGCAUACAAUUCAGCAGCAUCCAUGGGAAAUGGUAAAUCAUUGUACAGUCAUGCUAUGACACCAGAGAGUAAUGGUACCGCAGAAGGUGACCAUGAUUCGAAUCAUGUAGAGACACUUACCAGGGGAACAGAAUUUAGAAGUGGAAAGCUAGAUGAUAGUGAACCAGUGGAAAAGAGGCAACGGAUGUCGGAGGGUAGCCCUGUGGAUAGAAGAGACAUCAAUGGGCCAUCACACACUCAUGUUAAGCUUGAAGAUAACAAUAAUGCACAGGACAAAGGAGACGAUGGGCUUUUCAGAAACCCUGCGCAGAUUGUCACCCCGAGACGGAAACAGAGACCUCGCCCAGAGCCUCUCACCAUCCCUCCGUCAGCCAGCACAACUUACUUUCCAAACCGGCCAGGCUCCCCGGUCAAUCGCAGCCGACCAUGUUCACCACCUUACACACCACCUCCUAUGCUCAGCCCUCGCAGUAUUUACCAUGUGAAUUCUCUGGGGAAUAUAACGCCGCGGCUGAGUGCAUCACUGCAGCUUCCCAUGACACCAGGCAGGCUUCUGCUCAGCAGUCACAGAAGUAGUUUUGAUGUAGACGAAGAUGCUGUUCCAUUCCCUGAGCCAAAAAUCAAUGUUGGUCCUGAGUUUCAAGCAAAAGUACCUCCCUUUGCUGGUUCCAGAGAAGGAGUAAUCCAUGAUGUACACAAAGCAACCAUGUGCUGGAAACCAAUAGAUGAAAAGAAAAGAGCAAGAAGAGAAGAAAUUGAGUCCUACUUGGACAUGGCCUGCUCUGUUGCAGUGUUGGGAGGUGGAUCCAACAAAGAGUAUGCCCUGCACAUCCUUCAUAGAUGUAAUGGCAAUGUCAAGGAUGCUGUUAAACUGCUGCUUUGCCAGAAAUACAUCACACAGCCUGGAGACCCGAUGUAUGACUACCACUACGAAGGAUCUGUCAGGUGGGCCUCUAAGGAACGUCAGGUAUUCAGACAGAAUUUCAGAACAAAGGGCAAGGAAUUUGCUGAGCUUAAAAAAGAUGUUGGGGACAAGAAAACAAUAUUUAACUGCAUCGAGUUCUAUUACCACUGGAAGGCAGCACAUCCCGAAGCGGUACGAGGGAGAACUCGCUACAUUGACUCUGAUUCAGAGGAGGAUUAUGAGGACACAGGAAGUGAAACCAAUAGCAAUCCAUCUUAUUUUGAGUGUGACUUCCCUCAGUGUAAUGCUAAAUUUGUUUCGAGACAGGCUCUAAAUGGUCACAUACGUGUUCAUGGAGGAAGCUUCAUGAAGCCCUCAGAACCAAGGCGUAAUAAAAACCGGAACACCACUGGUCCGUCUGCUAAUGGAGCAAGCUCAGGACAUGUGACUGGGAGGAAGAGGAAGUCUCCAUCACCUGCCCCUGCCGCAGUCGUCCCUGAUUCAAAUAACCCAGAUGGUCCUUUACCUGAGUUUGCAUGUAAAGUUUGUGGAAGAAUAUUUCACAAGAUAAAGAGCCGCUCAGCGCACAUGAAGACUCAUGUCAAAAGACCAGAUGAUGAUGAUAAAUUAGCUGCCAAGUUGGCUGCAUCCAAGAAUCACUGACUUUAGUGAUGUCAUUCCCAAAAUUGAACCUGUUCAUUCAAAAUAUUAAUUCUACAGUUUAAUUGUAUAGCAUUAUUUAUGUACAUGUUAUAACUAAGUUAUUCUUAAUUUAUAUUUUUUGGACCCAAGAGUUGAGGUGAAAAUGGAAAGUUUUCACAUCACUGAUCACUAACUUCUGUAUAGUAGUCUUUACGUGGCGUUAAGAAUUGUUGUCAUGGUGACACACAUUUUGAAAUUGGUGCUCAUUGCAUUACAGCCAUUGUAUUU